AUGUCCGACUUCAGCCUAACGGCCAAGGUAGCCCUAGUUACCGGAGCCGGUCGCGGCCUAGGUCUAACUCUAACAGAAGCUCUGUUAGAAGCGGGGGCCAAAGUGUACGCUCUAGACUACCUAAAGGAGCCGACACCGGAGUUCACACAAGUCCAGCUGUGUGCCAAGACAUUGGGUACAGAGCUGCAGUACCGCUGUGUCGACGUGCGUGACACAGAAUUUCUCAAUUCUGUCAUUGAGGAUAUCGCCAAUCACGAGGGUCGUUUAGAUGGUCUCGUUGCUGCUGCUGCUAUCCAGCAGGAGACGUCCGCUUUGGACUACUCUGCUAAUGAUAGUAAUGAUUUGCUCGAAGUUAAUGUGACUGGUGUGUUUAUGACCGCUCAGGCGGUGGCGAGGCAGAUGAUUCGGUUUGGGAAUGGGGGUAGUAUCGCUUUAGUUGCUAGUAUGAGCGGUACUGUUGUUAAUAGGGGAUUAAUCUGCCCAGUCUACAACGCAAGCAAAGCAGCCGUCAUACAACUAGCCCGCAACCUCGCCGCCGAGUGGGGCCAGUAUAACAUUCGCGUCAACACCCUCUCCCCCGGCUACACUCUCACCUCUAUGCUUGAGAUGCUGUUUGUCCAGUACCCAGAGCGCCGCGAGCUGUUUGCUAAAGAGAAUAUGUUAGGCCGUCUAUCCCAUCCAAGGGAAUACCGCGGUGCGACUGUGUUCUUGCUUUCUAAUGCUAGUAGCUUCAUGACUGGUAGUGACCUCCGCAUAGAUGGUGGUCAUGCUGCGUGGUGA